CUAUUUUGCGCGACGCCAACGCGUGUGAACACACCCACUACACCUCUGAUCUCAAUCAGCCCCGUAAUCAGGCUUACGUUGAACUUGAGAGAAACUUUUUCCCUGCGAUGUGUCGUCGUAAUGCAGCUUAAACAGAAACAUGGGAGACAAAUACGUGAGGGGUCCGUUAACACGCAAGAGGAGAACGACCAUUUCUGAAACCGCGUCUCCGGUGCUGAAUUCUAAACAAGCCAACGGGAGCAAGCCGGGUAAUGCUGGCGAGGAGUCCAGUGUCAACAAUGGAAGCAGUCCACGUAAGGUGCGGGAUACAUCAACGACACCACGCAGAGACAAGAGCUACAACGAUGCCAUUAGAGAAAGGCUCAGAUGUCACACCCAUCAGGAGUCCUUGCUCAGCUCUGAAAGUGGCUACAGCAAUUACAGGGGAAUCCUUAACUGGUGUGUGGUUAUGCUAGUUUUGAGCAAUGCACGCCUUUUCCUGGAAAACCUGAUCAAGUAUGGGAUACUUGUGGACCCUAUCCAGGUGGUUUCUCUGUUCCUUAAGGACCCCUAUAGCUGGCCUGCAGCGUGCCUUAUCAUUGCCUCCAACGUGUCCAUAGUGGCAGCUUUGUACACGGAGCGGAGGCUCGCUGUGGGCACCAUCUCAGAGGGCACCGGAACAUUCCUCUACAUCAUCAAUCUCUCUGCCAUUUUGAUCUUCCCCCCGGCUACUGUGUUGUACCUUACCUCCAUGACCCCAGUGGGAGGGGUCUUCUCCCUGGCCGUCUACACCAUCCUCUUCUUGAAGCUCUACUCCUACAAGGACGUGAACAAGUGGAGUCGCGAGAUUAGACACGCCAAGGCCCGCACCCUCUCCCGCUCACACUCCUGUCCAUCUGUGCACAAAGCCAAUGGGGUGGCGGCCCACGCUCAGGUGACCUACCCAGGCAAUCUCACACACAGAGAUCUGUAUUACUUCAUUUUCGCCCCGACACUGUGCUACGAACUCAACUUCCCUCGGUCUCCAAGGAUACGUGUCCGGUUCCUGCUGAGGAGGCUGUUUGAGAUGCUUUUCUUUAUACAGUUGUUGGUGGGGCUGAUACAACAGUGGAUGGUCCCUACCAUUCAGAACUCCAUGAAGCCAUUUCAGGACAUGGACCUCUCCAGGAUACUGGAGCGACUGCUGAAACUAGCCGUCCCCAAUCAUUUCAUCUGGCUCAUCUUUUUCUAUUGGUUUUUCCACUCCUCCAUGAACUUUGUAGCUGAGCUGCUGCAGUUUGGUGACCGGGAGUUUUACCGGGACUGGUGGAACUCCGAAUCUGUCACAUACUUCUGGUCUAAUUGGAACAUUCCAGUACACAAGUGGUGUCUCCGCCACUUUUACAAGCCCAUGCUGAGUAGAGGUGUGAACAAGUUGCUCGCCCAGACCGCCGUGUUCCUGGUGUCCGCCUUCUUUCACGAGUAUUUGGUCAGCGUGCCUCUGAAGAUGUUCCGUCUGUGGGCGUUCAUGGGCAUGAUGAGUCAGAUUCCAUUGGCUUGGUUUGUGGGACGGUUCCUGAGGGGUAACUACGGCAACGCGGCUGUCUGGAUCUCACUCAUCAUUGGCCAGCCUGUUGCUGUGCUCAUGUACGUCCAUGACUACUAUGUGCUCCACUACCAAGGGACACCCGUCGGAAUGGCCGGACUCAAUUCAUAAUGCAAUAUAGGUGUGCCCUUCCGUAUAGGAAAAUAUUGAAUGUAUAUGAACAGUAUAUUUUUUUUCAAAGGGAAAUCCUGAGGACACAGAGGACACUGAGCCUCUGCCCGAGAUGGUUUGUAAUAAAUUUAUCUUGUAUUCCAGUUGAAGAAUUUACCCAUCCGAGACCAAUUCUCUGGCAAUGCACUUACAUUUUGCAGGGAGGAGCUAGUUGUGCUGUUAUCAUGUGCAAUUGUCCUGACACCACCACUGCCCAACCAAAGCACGAGAACAUUUUUUUAUGCCUUUUUAUGUUUCUUACUUGAAACUCCAGCACUAUGAUCAAUGCAAACGUGUUCUCAUAUACAUGCAGAGUAUAUCUGCCUACUACUGGUAUUUGUGUGACUGGUCGCUGUUGCCUAUUGCAAUGCUUUAUGUGCUAAAAACUUAUUUUUCUUCUUGUAUUGUUUCUUUAGCUGCACUGUAUAUCAGUGGCUUACGUUUUGUGCGAGUAUUUAAUCAUAUGUAUUUAUUUUUCUAUAAUUAGUGUGAUCAAUGUCAUUUAAAGUAUUUGAUUUCUGAAAUGAUUGUGUUCGCUCUUUGCACUUUAUCAACAUGCAUGUGUAUAGUUUGCAAAGCUGUGGAGGUGCUCCUUUUGAAAGGAACAUGGCACAAGUAUUUUGAUUUUAAUUGUGAAUUAUUUUAUUUGCACAAUGCAUAGAAAGCAGUGUUAUUUUGCAAUUAUAAUCAUCAUGAUUAUCAUUAUCAACAUAUUUGUUGAUUUACUCCUGCUUGUUGACCUUUUGUGUUGUGAGGUCAAAAUGAAAAUUUUCAGUGUUCUUGGCAGAGGCGUUUCCUUUGAGUCAAAUUUUGCUUUGGUUGUCUGCAUCUUUUGGAUGAGUUGCAUUUCAAACAAACCUGUUGCCAAUUCUUUCUUGUGUCUAAUUAUCUAUGCUAUCAGUCUGUAAACAAUUCAUUCUGGGUUUUCUUUUCCCAAAGUGCAAAACUAAUAUUUGGCUUAUUGAAAUAGCUUCCUUGUUUUCAAUGCAAAGGGUGAAUUUCCUCAUAAUGAACCACGCCCUGUGAUUUUGGCUUAACUUCAUUUAGAUGCAGUUCAUCUGAUAUUUCUGAGCAUGACUUUAAGUUUACGUUUUAUAACUUGCCGUAGACCUGAUGUCAGUCAAAUACAAAGAGGUGUGUGUAGUAACCCAUAACCCCUUCGAACAGCAGAACACACACCGCACCGUCAUGCCGAAGAACAGUAAGCAAGUGUAGAUCUUGUGAUUCUGGGGUGUGGAUUUUGUCCUCUUCUGUUUUACCUGUUCUGGAGAGGGUUUUGUAAGUACAGUGCAAUGCAAUGCAAUGCAGUUCAGGUGCAUUUCUGCACACUGAGACCUUUGGCAGCUGCGUCACCAGUGAAAUAAAAUCCUGCCCAUGGAA